AUGUAUCGCCAGGUAGCAGUUCACAAGGAUGAUUGGGAUCUCCAGCGAAUUCUUUGGAUCGAUGAAGACCGCAAUGUCAUCCCUUACCAGCUCACAACUGUCACGUAUGGCACAAAGGCGGCUCCCUUCCUGGCGACACGAGCACUCAUGCAACUUGUUCACGAUGAGGGUCAUCGAUUCUCUCUGGCAACGCCUUCGCUCACGCAUGGCAGAUAUGUGGACGAUAUCUUUGGAGGAGCAGACUCAAUCUCGGAACUUGUGGAGGUCGCUCAACAGCUGAUUGUAUUGUGCAACCCGGGCGGAUUCCCACUCGCAAAAUGGCAUGCGACUCACCCCGAAUUACUGAGGGCUGUUUCGUCAUCCACACAAUCGUCAGCUCCCAUAUCAUUUGACGACUGUGCUACCAAAUUACUCGGAAUUCAAUGGAUGUCUCAGACUGACGUAUUCUGCUUUUCAUCAACCUCGACUAAUCAACCAAGUAAGUGCUCAAAACGCCUCGUAUUGUCCGAAGUGGCUCGGAUAUUUGAUCCAUUAGGUUUCGUCUCACCAGUAAUAAUACGAGCGAAAAUGCUAUUACAAGAGCUCUGGCUACACAAGAUCAAUUGGGACGACCCAUUACCGUCUCAAAUUGUUUCACGAUGGUUCACCAUCAGAGAAGAUCUCAACAGCUUGGCGAAGCGAUCGAUCCCAAGAUGGUUCAACACAUGGAACAAUUCAUCUGUAGAAAUUCAUGGAUUCUCUGAUGCUUCUCAACUUGCCAUGGCAGCAGUGAUUUAUAUCACUGUUAGCUCUCCGUCCAACAACUCAACGACGUCACUUGUCUGUUCUAAGACAAAGGUUGCACCACUGAAGAGGCUCACAAUACCAAGAUUGGAGUUGUCUGCAGCACUCCUGUUGGCAAAACUCACAAAAUAUGUUCAAUCAACGCUCAAGGUAAAGAUCAAUGCAACGCACCUGUGGACGGAUUCUCAAGUUUCGCUCAUAUGGAUCAAAUCGCAAGCAUCACGUUGGAAGGAUUAUGUUCGGAACAGAGUCAUUCAGAUCCAAGAACUCACUCCAAAUGCGCAUUGGGGGCAUGUUCCAGGUACGUCUAAUCCAGCCCACUGUGCUUCACGAGGCAUUUCGACAGAUCAACUCCAACGAUUCGAGCUUUGGUGGAAAGGUCCUCCAUGGAUGGCUCGAAAUCAAGAUCAUUGGCCGGAGCAAAAGGAAUUCUCAACUUUAACCAGCGAGCUCGAAGUGAGACCCAAUGUCUCACUGUUUGCCUCAGCUCAAAAGCUAAGUUAUCAUUGGGAUCUCAUUUAUAAAUAUUCAUCUUUUAUUAAGCUGUAUAGACUGACUGCACUUUGUUUCAGGUUUGGCUCACGGCUUAAGAGAAAGCUCGAAACUCCUCCUGUGAUCAUCAUACCAUCCUGCGACAUGGAGAAGGCGCAGCUCUUCUGGAUUCACGCAACUCAACACUUGUAUUUCACCAGCGAAAUGAAGACCCUCAACUCAGGCUCAACCCUGCCUGCAACUCAACCCUGCCUGCAACUCACCCCUUCAGUCGCCUCACCGCCUUCAUCGAUUCACAGGAAGACUCACAAACACAGCGCUCAGCAGGGAUGA